AAAUCAAGAGGAUUGCACAACUGGCUCCUACGGUAGGAUUAAGAGAUGGAUUUAGAAACAACACAGGGAAGUAGAAGAUUUUGCCUUCAGCUAUUACUGGCUUGCUUCUUUAGUUACUCUUCCAGUCCUCUCUGGGGCUGAAAUUUCCAGCAUAAUCUCAGAGUUGCUAUAUGAAGAACACUGGACUAAGAAUCAGAAACCUGAGUCCCAGUUCUUAUUUCCUAACUUGCUGGCUCCUAUGAUACUUUGGGCACUCCGCUGACCCUCCGGCUGCGCGCCUAUUCCCCCGUAUCCACGCAACAAUGAAGCGUGGGCGUUCUUCACGAGACUUAUUUGCAUACAGCGGCGGCUUGGCCAAUGGGCUCCUGGGAAGCUUUGGAAUUCGGUGUUUCCAUUUGCGUGCCUUAGAGGGAGUGAGAGUGUGUGGCUGUGGCGGUGACAGUGACUGGCUGGGGGGUCGGGCCGAGGACAGCGGGGCGACUGGCCUCGGCGUCCGCUCCGCUCCCGGGACCGCGUCGUCCCUCUCCCCGACCCCCCGGCCCCCAGCGGCCACCUCCCUCCCCUUCUUCUAGAGGGUCGGGACGCCUCCUGACCACACGCGCGAUCCACAAUGUUUAAGUCCGGAUUCAGAAAGCAGUUCCACAAGGCUAGUCAGGUGACAAGAGUCAGCUGAAACCUGUGGUUUCACGAUGGCACCUCCUAACCCCAGUUUUUACCUCAGUUCCUUAGUGAAAAAAUCAGUCGAGUAGAAAAAACGAAACUAGAUGAUGAAUUCCUGGAAAUGGAAAGGAAAAUAGAUGUAACCCAUAGAGCAUUUAUAGAACUUCUUCCAAAAUGCAUCGAGUAUCUUCAGCCAAAUCCAGCAUAUAGAAUGAAGCUAGGAGUGAUGCAGACUGUGUUCAAGAUCACAGGGCAGUUGAAAAACCAACCAUACCCACAUUCUGAAGGGAUGCUAGGAGACUGUAUGCUGCGCUAUGGUUCAGAACUUGGAGAAGAAUCCCUGUUUGGCCAAGCAUUGUUGGAUUGUGGUGAAACAAUGAUGUUGAUGAGUGAUAUAAAAGAAGCUCUUGAUAUCAAUGUGAAACAAAACUUUUUAGAUCCAGUGCAGUUAUUAGAAGCCAGAGAAAUAAAAGACAUUGAGCGUAACUUGAGAAAGUUAGAAAGCCGUCGUUUGGACUAUGAUUAUAUAAAGAGACGUGAUAUUUCCAUCAUACAUCCUGAAGAAUUACAAGUAGCAGGAGGAAAAUUUGAAGAGUCAAAGGAGUUGGUUAGAACCAGCAUGACUAAUUUUUUAGAAAAUGAUAUAGAGCAAGUUAACCAGUUGGCAGUAUUUAUAGAAGCCCUGUUAGAGUAUCACAGACAGAACACAGAAAUUUUGGAGGAUCUAUAUAGGAAAUUACAUCACCGAAUCCGUCUAUCACCUUAUUACUACAAGUCACAUGCUGAUUUUUUAAAGACUUAUAAGGUUAAAGGUAAUGAUCGAGUUGAAUAUAGAUCUUCAGCAAAUUCAGGUCCUUCGUUUGCCAACGUUGUCCCAUGCUGUCGUGGUCUCUAUGAUUUUGCUGCUGAACAUGAAGAAGAACUUGGAUUUAAAGAAGGGGACAUCAUUACAAUAACCAGUCAAGUAGAUGAAAACUGGUAUGCUGGAAUACUCGAGGGAAAAUACGGAUUCUUCCCCAUUACUUAUGUUGAAGUGCUAGUGCCUUUGCCUUCGCAUUUGUCUUAUUAGAUUGGUCGCUCCAGCUGUGGACCUCAGUUUGUGACUGAAAUGAAUUCAUACAAAUGUUCUCUCAGUGUGGCAUUCUGUGAAAGCCCUGCUAUAUUUGACUGACUAAAUGACUUUUGUAUGUGUGUUCUCUUUUUAAUGUGUUUUGUAUUUCAUUUGUAUAAAUAUUUUACCUUUUUGGCCACUUGGAAGUGCAAUUUUCAUUUUUUGCUUUGUCUCUUCAAGGUCACUGGUUAGAUGUGUGUGGAUCCUGUAGUUUAAAAAAAUUACAUCCAUUACAAAAACUCUUGGCUGGUUUUCAUUAUCCAUUAGCUGCAAGGAUUUUUAAAAACAUAAAAUGUGAAGCUAAAAAUCCAGGGUCUCCAAGUUACUGAGAUCACUGAGUCAUUCAUCAUAAUGUAACUUACAUGUUAACAGCCUAAUAAAUAUUGCUCAUUCUAUGUAGACAAAAGUCAAAGUUUGUUGUCCUCAGUAUUAAGAUGUUUUUCUUCAAAAUAUAGUCUUCAGGUGAUAGCCUAUUCUAGCUUACUGAGGUGGACCCAAUUUAAUAUAUAUUAGAAAAGACAAUGCCUUUUCAUUAUUUAUGUGUAAAUGCUUUUAAGUGAUUUUCCUUUGCAGAUCAAAGUGGUUUUAGAAAUGUGCCCAUGUGUUUUUCUUUAAUAUCAUUCUUUACCUAUUUAAUUUAGUUAUUAUAACCUUUUCUUUCUACUUCACAGUGAUUCCAGUAAAAAUUGGGAAAAGGCUUCCAAGCUAGGCCACAUGACCUAAGCAAUGAAUGGGCUUGUGGGCAAAAGUGCUGGAGCGAAUCAAGUAAUUGGGCACAGAUGUAGUUUCCUAGAGAAAGUUUCAUGAGGAGAGGAGAGUCUUAAGCAUGUAUUUGAAUGAAAAGCAGGGAUGUAGCUUUACAGAGGGAGGGCAUACUCAGUGGCUUAAAAAUUGGAGUAAAUAAGAAUUAAGGAAGAAUACCAGAGAUUUUUGUUUGGUGACAAUAGAGAAUUCAGGCUUUGCUUUAAAGGGGAAAUGAGGUUUUGUGGCAGUGGAGCUGAGGAAGGCACCCAAUUCAUGGAGGGUCUGGAAGUGAGGUCUGAUGAGUGCAAGAUGCAAUUAGGAAUUCCUUUAGGUUUCUACCAGAGGAGCUGCGUGAUGAAAACAAUAUUUUUGAUCAGAUGUUCUUAACCUGGAAUUCUUGAAUAAUUUUCAGAUAAUCCAUGAUUAUUUUUGUUUAAUAUUUUGAUAACUAUUUCAAUAUUCAUCUCUCUUGUAAUCCAAUAUAUUUUAUGCAUUAAAAUUAUUUUGAGAAGUCCAUAGGUUUCAUCAGACUGACAAAGGGGUCAAAGAAACAGCAACAAAAAUGAUUAAGAACCCCUGGCUAGUUGAUUAUUUAGAUUUUAGCUGUUUAUUCAACCUAUAUAUCUGAUAAAUUGAAGGGCUGAGAGACUGGAGUAAUGUAAUGAAAAGAGAUUAGAAAACCCAAAUUGGAAUCUUGGCUCUUCUCUUUCCUGCUUAUUUGAUUAUGACAAGCCACAGUUCUGCUAGACCUCAGUUCAAGAGAUAGAAAAUCUCUGUGGUCCCUUCUAACUCUUUUCUAUGAAUCUGAGUAUGAACCUCCUUUACCUGUUUGACAGCAUUGUUGGGAGGGUCAAAUAAGUUUAAUGUAAAUGAAAAAAAUACCCCGCAAACUGAAGACAAACCAAAUGUACAAGAAAUAAAAAGCUAUUACAGGAAGAGGUAAACUGCAAACAUUCAGGAAGGUGGGAGAGACUAAUGCAAUGAUGAUUUAACUUAUUUCUGCAGACAUGAUAUAAGCUUAGACUCUUAUUUUUAAGAGGAAGAGGUGAUCAAAUGAAAAGCCUAAGGAAGGAAAAAGAAUUAGUCUUCUUGGGAUGUAGGAGACACUCAUUUUGAUUUUAUACCUGAGCUGCUAACAAUCCUUAUAGCUUCACUGUCUAUCUUAAUUAGUGUUCUAUUAUUGUUUGUCCUCAGUGCCAUCUAGUUGCUAACAAACAACCCAAAAAUGUGAGAGAAGGAAUACCAUUUUUUCUUUCCAGUGCAGCUUUUGGUUCUGGCACUGCCAACUUGUCGACUUCUUCCCACACCUAGACAUUUCCACAUUUUGGGGUGGUGUGAGACAGAUGGCUCUCAGUGUACGUAAUGGAAGUCAUAGUAGUAAUGCUAUGGAAUAACAAGGAAAUGGACUGCCUUCAACUUCACACUUGCAAAAAUGCCUUAAUUUCUUUGAAACAAGAUGCCCCAAAUCGGGUUACAAUUCACACUUAAGAUGCUUGAAUCAUGAAGGUUUAUGUGAACCAUCUCAAACUGGCCUGCAACCUCUAGAAGCAGAGCAAGCCUUCAGGCAACUUUUCCGUGCUCGACUAUUUAAACUUUUCUUCUUGACUUGGUUCUAUGCAAGAAGGGGGAAAAAAUAGGAAAAAGACUUGUCAACACAGACAAACAAAGCCCCAAUAAUGAAGCAUUUCCUGAUACAUCUUUAAUCUUUUAAAGUGUUUGUUCUUGUACCCAUUUUAUUAUGUUAUUUAAUAUCCACACAAAUAAUAUGAAAGUGAGAUUGAACAGUCCAAUAGCUACUUUUCCAGAUGAAUGACUAAGGUCUCUUGAGUAGGGAAAUGUGAAGUGGAUGAGGAUAUGCUGUAGGAUGAUCUCAUCAAGUGAUGUGAGUAUAGAUAAAGGAGUGGCAGAUGAACCCUCCCUGUGGAUAAAAGUAGUAUGAUGUGGAACAUUUGGAAUGAGAUUGGAGUGUGAGUCCUGCUCCUGACACUCACACACAGAAUUUUAAAGUUGAAAGGGAGCUAUGAGACCAUCUAGGGCAACCUAUACCCAAAAGGAAUCUUUACUAGAACCUAUCUGCUAUCUGCGUUUAGCCUCUGCUAAAAGACCACUAAGGAGAGGGAAUUUAUCAUCUCCUGCGGCUAUGGGCAGAUCACCAAGUUUUUGAGCCUCAGCUCCUUCAUUAAAUUGGGGAGUUGGACCAGGUGAUCGCUGAGAUCUCUUUGCCCAAUUCUUAUGAGGAUGAGCCAAAGCAUUUUUUGGAAAAAAAGAACAUAAACCCCCCUUGCAAGGUGAUGAGCUCUAGGUAACAUUAGGAAAUUUUUAAAGAGUAACUUUAGGCUAAGGACCUUAGUUGAUCCAACAUGCAACUGUGGCCCCAAAAUAGCAGAUUCUGGACAUCAUGGAAAGUAGUGAAGAGACAAGAGAAAAAGAGUCUCUUAUAUUUAUUUUCAUAAAAAUGUUGAGUUGAAAGGCCUAUGAUUUAAUGGGUAUUCUCUCCACUAAAAUCAAUCACAAAUACAUACUCUCUCUCUCUCUCUCUCUCUCUCUCUCUCUCUCUCUCUCUCUCUCUCUCUCUCUCUCUCUCUCUCUCUCUCUGUCUGUCUCUUUCUUCCAAUAUAAUAAUGUUUUAUGCAUUUGAAAAUGUUUUUUCUGAAAAGGGGAAGACAGAAUUUAUCAGACUAUCAAAGGUUAGGCUACAAGACAACAAAAACCAAGGCUAGCAGAUACCUUUCCAGAAUUGUCAUGGCUAAAAAAAAAAUAGUUUUCUAGCCAAUCCAAUGAUCUAUAGUUUUUGCUAGUCCUAAGAUGAUCCUCACAUGGAUCCUCAUCAAGAUACUACUUAGGGGUCAUUUAGGUGACUCAGUGGAAUGAGAGCCAGAACUGAAUACAGAAGUCUUGAGUUCAAAUUUGUCCCAAGAUACAUCCUAGCUAUGUGACCUUGGGCAAGUGAUUUAAUCCCCAUUGCCUAGGUUCUGCCUUGGAUCUAAUACAUAGUAUCAAUUCUAAAACAGAAAGUAAGGUGGUUUUUUGUUUUUAUUUUUAAGACAAUACUUGGAGCUCUGUGCUCUUGCUAGGCACAGCCUUCAAGAAUUGGAAGUCACAGUCCUUUGAUGCCAUCUUAGUUUAGAAUUGGCUGUAGUGGGUGGAGGGUUGGUGGGUGGGAGGGUUGUAGGGGUAGUUUCCCAGAGUAGAAAGUGUCUUUUAAGAAGUUAUUGUUCUUGGGAGCAGCUGGGUAGCUCAGUGGAUUGAGAGCCAGGCCUAGAGAUGGGAGGUCCUAGGUUCAAGUUUGACCUCAGACACUUCCCAGCUGUGUGACCCUGGGCAAGUCACUUGACCCUCAUUGCCUAGCCCUUACCACUAUUCUGCCUUAGAACCAAUACACAGUAUUGAUUCCAAGACAGAAGGUAAGGGUUUAAAAAAAAAGAAGUUAUUAUUCUUUCCUCACAGAAACAUUACUCCUUUGUUGUUUAAUUGCUGUGAUAAGGACAUUGCUACAAUAUAGUCAAAGGAAGAGACAAAAUAUACUCAUAACCUCCUUGGAUCACUGAGUAGAAGAGUAUGUUGUAUUAAAAAAAACAACCUCCCCCCCCCUCCCCCUUACUUUCUGUCUCAGAAACUAAAUAUUGUUUUCGAGGCAGAAGAGCAGUAAGAGCUAGGCAGUUGGGAUUAAGUGACUUGCUGAGGCCACACAACUGUCUGAGGCCAGAUUGAAACCUAGGACCUCCCAUCUCCAAAUCUGGCUUUCUAUCCAGAGCCACCUAGCUGCCCUGAAUUUGUUGCAUUUUAAAAAUGACUAUAAUUUCCAUCUCCUCCCCAAGUCAUAAUUAGAAAAGCUUUCACUCAGCAAACAAACAAACAAAAAAUAAAAGUUUUUGUUUUUGUUUGUAAAAGAGAAAGGAAAAUAGGAGGCAAUGAUGCUACAAAAGACCAACCCAACCUUAGGUUCAGUAACACCGACAGAGGGGUGAUUUGCCUGACCCCUAUCUACUUAGAGCUGAGUGGGGAAACUGGGAGCCCCAAAGUCCAGGGGCUAUAAUGGCUGCUCGUGUGCCUCCUGAUGGUGUGAGGUCCGCAGCAGUGGACCGUGAGGCAAUAAACCUCCAGAUGUUGGUGCCCUGGGGCACUGGCUGUUCCUCAUGCCUAUAAUACAUUUCCAUCUCACCUCCAUCUCUGAGAGGUCCUUGUUCCUUUUAAAACUUUGCUCAAGUGACACCUUCUACAUGAAGUGUUUCCGGAGGCCCCCAGCAGCUGCUAGUGCUAUUGCCUUCAAAAAAUGUAACUCGUACUUAUUUCUUGCUUUAUGUACACUUAUUUAUAUAAAUAUCUUCCUCUGUAGAAUGUAAAUGCCUAGAGAGCAGGCAUUGUAUCAUGUGUAUCCCCAGCUCCCAGAAUAGUCUGCACAUACGAGAUGCUUAAUGAACACUGAGGAAUGAUUGGAACAAAGCUGUCAGAAUGUUUUAAGUUUUCUCCUAAAUGGAAGUCUCACUGUGUGGAAUCUAUGUAAAAUCUGACUUCACUUCCUUUUCUUCCACAAUUAAAAUGAAAGGGGGAACUCUAUAAUCUCUAAAUUCUAUGCAAAUUCAUUGUUUAUUAUCUUUGGUGUGGGGCCUUGUCCAAGAAUUUUUUACUAUAUGUCCAUUGGCUUCUUCUUGUUCAUAUAUUUACUAAUUUUCUUAGAAAAUACUGUGAUAGCAAUUAAGCAACAUUUCCCUUUAGAGAAGUUGUGUUUCAGAAGUGGUUGAAUCAUAAAAUGCUAAUUAGAAGCCUGGCCCUGUAAAGAAGGCAAAGGUUCCAGUACCACCUCUUUUACAGGUGUCAAUCACCCAACCUCUCUGAGCCUUAGUUUCCUCAGUUGUAAAAAAAAAAAAAGUUAAGACCUCUAAAGUUUGCUAUGAGGCUUCUAGGAGAGGACUUUGUAAAAUAAGAUAUGAGAAUGUUGAUCAUUAUUAUUUUGAUUGUAAAUAGUUUAUGGUAUUGGAAGUGAUGAUUGAUGAUUUGAAAAUGACAACUAAUUUUUGAUGAGACUUAGUAGAACUGGAAUCCACUGGAGACUACGAUAGUGUCCAAGUGAAAAGCAUUGAAAACAUGCCAGGAAUCUUGAUGUUAGUUAAAACAGUUGAUGUCAGGGCUCAGAUGGAAGCAUCAAAAUUGUUUCAUUCUAGGCUACAGUUCACUUGGUUUUGCACACUGAUUAUUAUUAUUUUUAAAAAUAAAAGUAUGAAGAGAACCUGA